AUGUUGUAAUAGGCUUAUAGCAGCAGCACUGAGUACGUAUAAAGAGUCAACAGAGCCAUCUUAAUUCUAAUUAGCUCUCAGCCUUAUCAAUUUAUUUCAGUAAUAUACAGUACUUUCUUCUGAUUUUCCUGCAAAUUAUACACCAAAAUGUUAUCUCUUUCUCCACCUUUAUUCCAGACAUUUGCAUGGCCCAUUGAGGAUCCCAUGAUGAACCAAGAGUACAAUUUUUAUGCACACACAGACAACAUUCCAAACUCAAUUCUUCACUUGCCUUCUACACUUGAUGCACAACCACAAGUUGGCCUCGGAGAUUCUUCUGCUUUCGAACCGACUGCAGUAGUGAAGAAGAUUAAUCAUAAUGCAAACGAACGUGAUCGUCGAAAGAAAAUGAACAGCUUGUAUUCUUCUCUUCGUUCACUACUCCCAGCUUUUCAUCAAACGAAAAAGUUGAGCAUUCCGAACACAGUAUCGCGGGUGCUGAAAUACAUCCCUGAGCUGCAAAAUGAAAUAGAGAGACUGGUCCGGAAAAAAGAGGCUUUAUCAGUAAAGAUCUCGAAACAAGGGGAGCUAUUUCAAUAUGAAAAUCAGAGAAACAACAGCAUUCGAGGCAGCUUAGCUACUGUUUCCGCAAGCUUGAUAGGAGAUAAACAAGUAACAAUUCAGCUAUCAACGUUCAAGGCCAACAUGAGACUACAAUCGGAGGCUUUAGAGGUUGUGGAGAAGGAUGGGUUUGAAUUGGUAAAUGCAUCUUUCAACUCUUUCGGGGAGAGAGCUUUCUAUAACUUGCAUCUUCAGGUGCAAAGGCCUCUGCAAGUAACGGAGAUGGAGUCAUUGAGGAGGACACUCACAACUUUGUGCGAGAAGACGACGGAGGAUUAGGUCGAGUCGACUUCUAUUUCCUUUCGAAACGUAUAAAAACAAGAUCUUAAGAACAAGCUUACCUUAAUCAGGAACGAGUUCCGUCGGUUGACAUGCUUCCAAUACAGUUAAAAAGAUGGACGGGAAGAAAAAAAUAUAUAGACUAACAUUUUGUACUAUGUAAACUUUGUAAUUUUAAUGAUCAUGUAAGCCAAUUUGUACGUUUGUGUAUAUAUAUAAGCUAUUUUUUAUUAUUUUUUUUAUG